AUGCUCGAACGAAAACCUCAAGGCCUACAGGUCCCUUUACCAAAUUUCCCACUAUCAUCGCCGAUCAGCGAAGAGAUCUCAAGUCCCUCAUGCUCCUCAGAGGACCAGGAAGAACGAGACCGACCCUUUACACUUCUAACAAAGGCAGCACGACAAAGGCUCGAGGAGAAACGCUUCGAAGAUGGAAAUCGCUCGCCCAUCUCCCCCCGCGAAACCUCGAGACUAAAUUUCCGCAUCACCAAGAAACGCAAAAGCGUCGGGAAACCAGUCGGCCUGAACCUCAUUACGGAUUUCACCUUGGCACCCGCGCCGAGGAAACAGUCAAUUCCCGCGAAACCAAACGUGACUGCGCCGUUCGUCGAUCUGAACGACCUCAUGUUCCUUUCAAAAGUGCGAGAGAAGGAACGCACUGCUCAGAAAUCAAAUGAUACCUUCAAGAAGCGGCUUUCACGGGGUUUUCAACGGUUACCUGAGACGGUACAGGGUCAAAACCAAAACAUGGAUGAGACUGCAGCCUCGUUUCUUUCUGCUAGAGAGGAAGAUCCGUUUCACGAUAGACAUGAGCAUGCCUUAUCGCCCUCGGACCACCACAUCAUGAUAGGACUCACUGUGCCUCGCAGCGAGUCAGUGGAAAGAUCACAAGAGCUCGACAGCGCAGGCACGCCACUGACACCAUCGAUUGUUGUCACUCCAGCAAGAGGAGAGGCAUUAUGGAACGCACACUCAAACCCAAGCAUCGAGAUGCUACGACCAAGAGCAACAUCAAGUAUCUACUCGCAGCCAACACCCCGCCUCUGGCAAUAUGAAACGGGUGUCCCACCCGUGCCAGCCAUUCCCGCACAGCAUUCAGCUAUUGCCAAAGCUCUUGCCCAAGAGACCGGACAAAACACGCUAGACGUAGAACGAAACGCACGCACCCUCUCAACAACCUCAAUCUGGGAAGACGACAGUCCACCCCGGACACCAGAGGUAGUCCACCUAGACCCAAAGACCCAGCAACCAGGUCAUCUAAGCGUCAACACCCAAACAGACACCUGCAGACCAGAGUCACAAGGCUGGUGGACAUAUCUUCUCUCUCCUCUGUUAAGCCGGUCCAUUAAAUCUCCCCUCAGUCCAUCCUUCCCACAAGAAUCAAACUCUACCCCGUUGAAAACAACAACCACAAUCCAUCCCCAGCCAAAAGAAUGGAUACCACGCGAAAAAGAAACAUCCUGCUUCUCGCCCGAUACACCAGAAACAGCAACACCGAUGUGGGAAAAAGGAUUCGAGAUAUCCCGGUCUUUCGAACAAGACCGAUACCACCAAGAUCAAGGUCCCGAACGCCAUCAAUCCCCACCACCCGCAUACGUCUCCAACGUCUCAAGCAGACAAAACGCCAUGUCCUUCAUGUUCAGCAAUAAUCAGAUAAGCCAGGGUGAAGCAGCCGAGUAUUACCAAGCAUGCGCGCACGAGCUCUUCAGUAAGACGCCGUACUUCGAGUGCGUCAAUCACGUCUGCUCGAUAACUGCCGUCAACCCCGUCGCCGUGCCAGCAGGUGCCACGGACACAGCUGCAGAGGGAGGUCGAGGACUUGCGAUUAUUGCGAUUGAGGAGUCUGGAGUAUCUGGUCUUGAAGAUACGCGUGAAAAUGAAAACCAAAAUCCGGUCUCAUCGACGGCGUCGACGAAGAAUGCGAGGCUGCUAAUCGAUAUUGACUCGCCUCGUCCUGAGACGACGAGAUCAAUUUCGGCUGGGUAUUCUGUUCGUGCCAAGGAGGUGCAGCUUUUAUCGCCAUCAUCGGAGUUCGGUUCUCAUACGUGGGAUUCGUCUGUUGUCGAUGAGGAUGAGAAGGAGAAGAUUUCAGUAUCCGCGCAGUGUGCUAAUGGUGAUGUUUCCGAAUCAAAGUCUCAGCGUCCUGCUUUGCCUCCUGAUCCUAUUGCUGCGCCGCACGUGGAGGAGGUUGACAGACAGGGUUUGGAACCGCCAGCUCCAGCUCCCGCUCCCGCUUCUACUCCUGCUCCUAUCCUUAGGCCUGACCCAACUCCCGCUCCUGCUUCGCAGAUAAUCACCAAUAUCUCGCCUCCAAUUACUAGUUUCCAUUACACUGUGCCUCCGCCGCAACCCCAAAUGCAGCCUCUGCAACCGACUGUACAAUAUGUGCCACCUCCUCAGGCACAGCAAAUGGAGCCGAUAAUGCAACGUCCUCAACUGCAGGAACAGUCGCGAGAAACAUCUCCACCAAUGGUCCAACCGUACCCUCAAGUAGCAACACCGAGAUCGGAAUGGCCAUGGGGAGUGCGAGAGCAGCCACAAGAGCAACCCCAGGUUCAACGGGGAGCUAACCAAGGGCAUGUUUCUGGGUUUGAAUGGGCAUAUGCACCACAAAAACAACCGCAAGGACUUCCUGUUACACAAACAUCUCCUCAACAUCCACACGUGGCAUAUGAACAGGCUCCUCCCCAGAAACGACAGCCAACAUAUAGUCAUGUACUUCAGCCUCAACGGACGCUUGUUAUCCAGGGACGACAAUCUGGGUCUGGAUGGCCGUUUGGUCUAACCGCACACCCUCACUCGCAUGCACCGCCUGUGCCACCCCUGUCACAAGCCCGGGCCACUAGAUUGGAAAUUCAAUAUCAGCAAGAACAAUCCCAACUGUCCGUGACUCAGGAUAAGCAGCCUGGAUCUGAAGAGCCGCAGACAGAACAAGGAUUGUCUCAAGAGCCUGACCUGUGGCCUCCUCGAGGGCAUUUACAGCCUGCUGAACCUAUCUCUCCUAGUUUCCAGCGAGCUGCCGGUGGACCCAAUUCAAUUCCAAUGUCGGACAUGCAAGCACCAGCUCCUGCAUACACGCAAAUUUCUCGAGAUCCUGCUCCACCGCUUUGUUAUGAUACUCAGCCCUAUUACGAAAAUGAACCUACAGCUGGAGUUACCAUUGUCAACCCAAGCGGGACGAUAGGACCUCAGGAAACCCGACGCCGCAGACUGGAAAAAGAAGAAGCCACUGGCCGAAGGAUUUGCAAUCUCUGGCGUGGCCGGGGUCUAUUCAGCAAGAAGAGUGGGCGACCAGGGCGCGAGGGUCGUACUCGACGGAGGUGGUUUUUCGUGAUUUGCGUUUUUUUUUUCAUCAUCGUGAUCCUAGCCACCAUCCUCGCAAUCACAGUGACGAGGAGAGGAGACGAUACUCCAGUUCAAUCGCAAUGGCUUAACCUCACAGGUUAUCCACCCAUGCCUACUGGAAUUGCAACACUCGCUGGGAUGGAGGCGCAGCUUAAAAAAUCAACCUGCAUCACUCCUUCUUCAAUGUGGAGUUGUGCUUUGCCCAAGGACCAACAGGAUACUAAUGAGCCUUACAAUGCGGACCAGCCCAAUUUCCGUGUUUUCAUCCGCUUCCGCAAUGACACAUACGACAGUGGCACCGCCGUUGGCUCGAAGCUACGUAUCAGGAGCGAUGACAUUUUCGAUCCAACACCCGCAGCCCCAACAGACGCAGAGCAGAGCUUCCUCGGUCAAUACACAGAUAACAACACUUCACCCUACGCCGGCGAAGAAACACCCUUCUCCAUGUCUCUCCUCUCGCCAGUCUCUCUCUCCUCGGCAAACAUCUAUCGCCGCUCAGUUACCUCUAACCGCACCACAUACCCCAACAUCUCAUCAAUAAUCCCGCCGCCAGAAGAAAACGCAGACGGAACACCAUCUGCAGCGAUGCUCUACCCCCUCCUCUCAUCCCAACCAAUCCGCCUCUACAACCGCGGCCUCUCAACUGAGCACUACGGUUUCUACAGCUACUUCGACAAAUCCAUCUUCCUAACCUCCCAAACAAUAUCCUCACCCGCCGACACAAACGGCGGGACCUCAGAAUCCAACGCCAAAUACCGAUGCACAUGGUCCCAAACCCGCCUACUAGUCCAAGUAUGGACGCAACCUGACAAAAUAAACCGCCAACUCCUCCCGAAAUCAAACAACUCAACGAGAAGCACUACAAUCCCCUCUUCCGUAACACCAACAUCAACAAACUCGCCCAUGUCCUCAUCCUCCGCAGUAGACUUCUCCCGUCCAGGCUCAUUUCCAUACCCGGUAACAAUAACAGUGGACCGCCACGGCGGUGCCGAGAAAAAGAAAAUGGUCUACUGCUACCUGCUCGAAGAUGACGGUCAUUAUAAUAUCACGGCUGUGCAGUUGCAGCUUGAGGACCGCGCUGUUGGGGGUGACCUUGUAAACCCUGCUGAGGGGCUUUUUAAGGGGCUUGGCGAGACAAAGAAUACUACUAUUGAAGAUGCCGGUGGUGUUGAUGGUGGUUCUGGCGGGUGUGGGUGUCGGUGGGUGAAUUGGAUUUUGAGUGUGUAG